CAGAUAUUGCAGCUGUGCGAUUUCCGUUUUCCGAGCUGAGGCCUACAAGACAGCAAUGCUCCGUACGCUCUCCUAUCGCAUUGGUAUAACCCUCCUCAACAUAUUCUUCCCUCCUCUUGCGGUAGGGCUUCUCGACAACUUCAACACCGAUUGCCUAGUCAACAGCAUCCUCUUUGUCUGCGGUGUCCUGCCGUCUCAUGUCCACGGAUUCUAUAUCAGCUGUGUGUAUUUCUCUCGCAGGCAUAAAGUGCGAAGAGGUAGAUACCCUGGUGGAUCCAAGUCGUUCAUCUAUACGGACACAAUCUUGAACGGAGGCGCAAGCAAUGCGGAGGUGAGAAGGCUGGCCGAAGGAGAUAGGGUGAAAAGAAGAACAAAGAGAGGACGGGCAUAGAUGUGCAAGGAAGAUCAAUCAUACCGGAGGUUGAAUAAGAUAGGGAUCAAGAGAUAUAAGAAGCAAAAGCAAAUAGGUGAUCUCGACACGUCACAGCAAGA